AGGAUCAUUUUGUUCUAGAACCUAAGGAAUACAAUGCUUUUGUUCAUUUUAAUUUUGGCCGUUUGCGGUAUCGCGGUAAAGGGUGAGUGUGAGACCGAUUAUUAUGUACCGAAACUUCGAAAAUGCAGCAUGUUCAUAUGGAUCAGUACCUACGCCCACGACGAAUACGUAGCCAGUGUUAAUUGUAGUGUCUUAAGCGGGUACCGCCAAGAUCUGACAUGUGGACUGGACGUAGUCAACGAGUGCGCAGACUCGCCACACUUGAUGUACCGUGAUUACACAAUGGAAGCCCUGAGAACCAAAAUUCAGACUUUGCGUGAUGUCAUUGACACAAAGUGUGCCUAGAUACAGGAAUAACGUACAGCCGAGAACAUUUCACGACAAUUUCGUUAAAACUCUGCUAACGAGAUUUAAUGUUCUCGCAGUAAAUUCAAAUACAUGACACAUUUGUAUAGGCUAACUGUUUGUAACUAUCGUACAUACUAAUUUUAAUUUCUGAUUAAAGAAGAUGUGUUUAGCAUA